AUGGGCUUCAGGAUCUUGAAUGGAAAGGUGAUUAUCAAUCCGGCCUCUCAGGUCGACUUCAGAUGUACGAGGAAAGGAUCAGUGUUCAGGAGGAGCUUCCAACCCACUCCAUAUGAGGCUGAACGAUAUCAAAGGAAAAUCGAUUGUAUACCUUCAGUCGAAUUUCUGACUGUACAUUCCCAUCGAACAAGUCAUUGUCAGACGAAUAAUCAGGAGUGGAACCUCGCCAAAGCACGUAUACAUACCUUGAAGAUAGUUCUGAAACCUAUCUCAUCGCCUUAUCAUCGAUAUGAAUCAAAAUCACCCAGAAGCAGACAAAAGGCAUGUCAUACACUCAGAGGACUUAGACCUACGACAGUGAUUUUAGAUGAUUUUACAAUUGGAUUAGUCAAGCUGGAUUGUCAAGGUGUACCAAUCAGUCUUUACGGUGAAACAGAAGAAAUCAUACUUCGUUGUGGACCCAUUCCAAUCGACGAUAGGCUGAUGUACGAGAUUCAGACUUUUCCAACAGAAGGUUUACCUCGAUUGAAGAAAUUGGUUAUCAUCUUAUCUCCUCGAGAUGCUUCGCUGUUGGGACUGGCACAAUCGGCACCAGGAGAAGCCCCUGGACCAGCAUCAACAUGGAGAAUCAAACCUCGCAAUACACCUUAUGACGUAGAACUGGCGAUGGGUCGACUAAUUUUCAAGGAUCAUCCUCUUAAGCCUAUCUUGGAGAUAUUCCACGAAGUCAGAUCGUCGAUGAGAAGAAUGAGAUUCAUGACGAUGGAGGAGUACCUUUGGAAGGAGAAUUGGUAUGGAGUGUAUGAUUCGAAUGAAGUGGGCAGAUGGAUCCCUUAUCUCACGAUUCCUGUAGGAGACACAAUCAAUUCUUCUGUUCUUCACCUUCAGCCGACAAAGGUAUGGCCUAGCUAA